UGUGAUUACCCUGGGCUUUCUCGGUCACUGGCCUGUCCCUCCCCUGCCUCCAUCUGGCUCUGAAAUGUUCUUAUUAAGUUUUUUUUUUUAUGUCCAGAUUCUUUUUUUGGUGACCCUUUUAUGACUUUUGAGAUGAAAGACAAGGAAGACUGGUCCUUCAGCUGAGGUCUGAUUGCUGCGGGAACACAGUCCGUAGGAGCCACCACACUGGGCUGCAGGAUUCUGAGCUGGGUCCUUCCCUGGCUCCUACUGUCUCUCUACCUCUCCAUCCCUGUGGGAGGAGCCAUGAAACUGAACAAGAGGAGCGUGGCCCACUAUGCGCUGAGUGAUUCUCCAGCGGACCACACUGGCUUCCUGCGUUGUUGGGGAGGACCGGGUACCCCACCCACUCCCAGUAGCACUGGCCGAAGAUACUGGUUUGUUCUCAAGGGCAAUCUGCUAUUCUCUUUCGAGAGUAGGGAAAGCCGGGUCCCACUGAGUCUCGUGGUAUUGGAAGGCUGCACGGUGGAGCUGGCCGAGGCUCCUGUACCUGAGGAAUUUGCCUUCGCCAUUCGCUUUGACGCCCCUGGAGUGCGCCCACACCUGCUGGCAGCAGAUGGGCAGGCUGCCCAAGAGGCCUGGGUGAAGGCAUUGUCCCGGGCCAGCUUUGGUUACAUGCGACUUGUGGUACGAGAGUUGGAGAGCCAGUUGCAGGAUGCUCGUCAGAGCCUGGCCUUGCAUCGCUGUGUAUCCCAGAGGGCUGUUGCCAGCUGCAGUAAAUCUCAGGCUCUGGACCACCGAGCUCCAGGCUCUGAGAAUGGCCACUUUCUCCCCAGGGACCGCAAUUCCACCGGUACUGUGGAAGAAAAGGGAAUCCGGCCAAUAGGUGGAGAUUUGACCGAGUGGGAGUUACAGGGCCCUGCUAGCCUCCUCCUAAGCAUGGGACAGAGCCCCGUGUCCCCUGAGACCUCCUGUUUCUCUACCCUGCAUGACUGGUAUGGGAAGGAGAUCAUGGAGCUGAGGCGAGGGUGGCAGAAAAGAGCCAAGGGGGGCCAACCAGAGAGCAAGCCACAGAAUCGGCCCUGAGCCAGGGCCCUUUUCGAUUUGGCCCUGUCCUGCUGGUCAGAACGCCAGGGCCAGAACUUCAGGGGUUAAAUAUUUACUCAUUUACCAGGUUGCUGUGUGUGUGUGUGUGUCCCUCCUGGUUUGUGGAGUUUCUCCAGCUUCCAGAUUCUCCUCUCACUGGAGUGAACUGAAGAAUCUUGACUUCCUACCUAUUUUCUGAGGCCUAGAAAGGCCAGGUGGCUGAUGGGAAUGUAAUACUGGAAGGGGCUGUGCUCUCCUGCCCCUGCAGAAUACUCUAGCCAUAAUGUCCAACACGAGAAGUCUUGGGCAUCUCAAUGCCAGAGGUGACAGGAAGUGGCUUGAAGUCCGACAUCGAUGUGCCCUGGGCAGGGCUUUCUAUAGGAGUAGGCCUUCAGGUGCUAAAGAGGGAUUUCGUCUCUCCCUCGCUCCCCUGCCAAUGUACAGUGCUGGACGUUGCCUGCUGAGAGGCAGGCGGCCUUUUAUACAGGAGAAGCUCUCCUGACCUGUUGUCAUGGCCACUUGUAGGGACUCUUGUCACCUAUCCCACUUGUUCCUAGGGCUUGUCUGCCGAGGGCCCUCAGCUAUUCUCUUCUGUAUCAUUCCAAGUAUUUUUGUUUUCUUUUGUUUUAAGGCCAAAUGGCUGAGUCUACAGAGCCAGAAUCCAGGCCCAUCUGUCCCCUUUAUAUAGAUGUAGUGACAGUGGCUGGGUCUCAAUAGAGAUAUACCCCGUUCCCAAGCAAAAUCUGCCCCUUCCUGACCUCCCUCCUUUCCCUAUCUGGGGCCUUGGGGCAGUCUGACCAAAACCCAUCCAGGCCUAAAGGCUGAACUUUGCCUCCAGGAGACUGAGUUUCAUGGUCUCCCUGACCAGGGCCAAUUCUUGUGUUUCUCAAGCCUGCUCCUAACAUUGUAGCCAGCUGCCCUCCACUGUACACACAGGUACCACAGGCCUUUGCGCUAAUUUUCUUAUCACAGUGGUUAUUGUUUGCUCUUUAGUUUUUGGAGACCAGGUCUUACUCUGUAGCCCACGCAGGUCUGGAACUCCUCCUUAGCUUUGUAAGUGCUGGGAUUAUGGGUGGGAACACCAUGUCUCGAUGGUUUGACCUGGUGGGAAGGCCUGCUAGCCUCCUCGUUCCCCUUCCCCUUAUAACCAGAACUGUAAAGUUUGCAGGGUUGCCAGCAAAGAGGUAGGGAAGGAUCAGGUGGAGCUCAAGGGCAUCCUUGACUACACCGUGAGUUUUUGGUUAGACUAGGGUAUAUGUGAGACCCUUUCAGAAAAUUAUUCAUUUUGGUUAUUAUAAUCAGUGUGUUCACAAAUGAAGAACCAGGAGUCAGAGCUGCAAAGCCAUUGUCUGAGGCUAGCAACUGAGUCCGAGAACCUGACUUGGUGGUACAACCUCCAUCAGGCCAGUCCCUCUGCCUGCUGUUCACUGCACCGGUUGUUACCAAUGUUCACAGACACAAUGAGCUAUGGUUAACUUGUUUUUUCGCUACACUAUGUAGCUCUGGCUGACCUGGAACUCACUAUUGUAGAUCAGACUGAACUUGAACUCAUAGAGAUCCUCCUGCCUCUGCAUCCCAAGCGCCACUUCGCUCAGCUUUUUGUUACCUUUUUAUUGUUACAGUUUUGUUUUGUUUUUAUAAAUUCAGAUACCAAGUAAAAAGUUUUUCAUUACACA